UAGCAGGUGAGAAUGGAUUACCUCUUGAAAACGCAAAAAAAUAAAAACAUGUUGCCAUGGAAACAGCAAACUAAUCAGCUGAUGAAGAGACACGCGCAUCCAAUGCAUUAACGAUAUGCAAACAUUUAGUGCACACCCUUAUUGAUCGCAUUCGUGUAAACAGUUUGUUCUACACCUUCCAUUAUUGUUUUUAAAUGUCCAGUUAUGUUUACCGCCUUCCACCUCGAACAAUUCAGUGAAAUACGUUCGGUUGGAUGGAAGGUCCGUGCGGUACAGUCGACAGCCAUGGAGUCGAUUAGGACGGACGGAUCCUCUCCUCCAAAACACGUUGCAUACAAGACAAACGUUCAAGUCGAAACGAAUUCAAUUCCCCUUCAACCUUUACUUGUUUGUUUACGAAUUUUAGGCAUCGAACUCGUUCCGUCUUCGACAACCGAACCGCCCGGCAAAAUUGACCGUUGCAAGACCUUCACGCUCGGCGUGAUUUUCCUCGUCUUCAAUGCAUUUUGCAACGUUUACACGACCCUGAUGAACAGCCCGCUGUUCAUCGAGGAUUUCAACACGAUGUUGAAUUCCACAACGGAUGGAACCGAUUCGACAGUCAAGAUAUCGACAGUGUUGUCCUGGAACAUCAUCAUCGAUUACGUCAAUUUCGGAGUACUGGCUGUGAUUGUGCACGCCACCCUGUUGUCUUUGUCUCAGCAAUCGAAAUGGAAGUCGCUCUGGAACAACAUCCAGCGGAUGCAUCACGAAUUCAAAGUCAUCCGGAAAACUAUGGGCCAUCUGACAAUCGUUGGACUUGCCGUUGUUUCCUUUGAAAGUAUUGUAAUGAUCAGUUUCGCCGGGGAUUUCAUCGAAAUGAAGCCUGGGGCGCAAGGAUUUUUACCGGCCCUAUUGCCGGCCGUAUUCCGUCUGUGCGCAAUGGUCUUUAAUAUUUACGCUGGAUGUGGUUUGCUUCUGUUCGCCCUCGUCGGCUGGACGGCGUUGCUGGGUUUACGUUGCCUCCAACAACAAGUGACCGCGUCCAGCAGCCGGACAUGCCCGUCCCUGACUCUCAAUGCAACAUCCCUGACGGCGCUGAUCAAUUGGAAAAGACUUCACGUUUUAUUAUCUGACGUUGUGGACGGAAUGAACGAAUGUUUCGGUCCGAUCCUUCUGAUCUGGAUCAUUCACAUCUUUGUGGGUUUCAUCGCUACUCCGUACUACAUCGUCGAUGGUUUUUACAGAUCGGGAAGCGCCGGUCGCAGUUUGCUGCCCGUCAGUAUCUACCUGAUGAUCCAGCACACCUUUCACGUGUUGAUCAUCACCGGCAUUCCGAAUGCUAUCACACAACAGGCAAUCGCAAUCGGAAAGCAACUGCAACAAAUCGAUUUUCCCAAUCAUCUCCAAGAACAGGUUGGCAUGUUGGCAACGGAAGUUCUGAUUUCGUUGCCUCGCAUCACGGCGAUGGAAUACGGCGAUUUGGAAUUGUCUCUCAUUCCGACGAUGAUUGGCACUACAAUAACAUAUUUGGUCAUAUUAUGCCAGUUCGAAGUGUGAACGAGCUGAAACCAAUGACGUCAAUUUGCAAAUGGAUUCAUCGACGCUGGCCAUCAUCACGAGAAAUAAAACGAUGACUCUCAC